AUGUCUCUUAUUGAUUUUUGCAUUGUGCUGCUGGGUUGUUUAGCACUUAGUCGUGCAGCACCUACCAUCACUCCAACAGUAUCACCAGAGGACCAAAACCUGGCGGAGGGAUACCUCUCUCAGUUCUACGCGGAUGUUGGGGUGACAAACUCCUCGGUGCAUAGAAUGGUUAAGACCUCCUUCAGACAGGAUCUACAGACCAUGCAGGCUUUCUUUGGCCUCGAGGUGACCGGUGUGUUGGAUAAUGAGACUGUGGAGGCGAUGAAGGCCCCGAGGUGCGGCGUGUCAGACAUCAGCCGAUACGGACACUUCGAUGGGAAACCCAGAUGGAAGAAAAGGCUGCUUACAUACAGGAUCACUCAGUACACUCAAGAUCUGACCCAGAGUCAGGUGGAUGCCAUCAUUGCUCAGGCCUUCCAGCUCUACAGCGACGUCAUCCCUCUGGAUUUCAAACAGGUCAACAGCGGUACUGCGGACAUCAUGAUCCUCUUCAAGGGUGGAUAUCACGGGGACUUUUACCCUUUUGAUGGGGCGGGUGGAGUCUUGGCUCAUGCCAACUCUCCCGGAUGGGGUCAGGGAGGGGACACACACUUUGAUGAUGAUGAAAGGUGGACUUUUACCCAAAGAGGUGUGAAUCUGCUGCUGGUGGCGGCCCAUGAGUUUGGCCACGCUUUGGGCCUGGAUCACUCCCGGGACAGAGGUGCAUUAAUGUAUCCCACUUAUCGAUACGUCAACACAAACGGAUACAGGCUGCCAGACGAUGACAAGCAUGGGGUUCAAGCCCUUUAUGGCAGCCGUACAACCGUGCCCACGACAGCACCAAAACCUGAACCACCUCCUGGCCCAGACCCUGGACCAGAACCAGAAGAACCAACAGAGGAUCCAAACCCAGACCCUCUGCCCAACCCACGAGGUGAGCAGUGCAGCCGCGGUCUGGUGUUCGACGCCGCUACCUCCAUCAGGCGAGACCUGUUCUUCUUCAAAAACGGAUACUAUUGGAGGAAGAGUACGACUGCCACAGGAAUCCGUUUCACGAAAGUGAACACAAAAUGGUCACAAAUCAACUACGUCGAUGCUGCCUUUGAAGUGCCAUCCAAGGAUGUGGUGUAUCUUUUUGAAGGUCGUCAAUACUGGGGCAUAAGGGCUUAUGCAAAAACAGUCAUUUCAGGUUUUCCAAAGUCUCUCACCAACCUCGGCCUCCCCUCUUCAGUCAGUAAGGUGGAUGCAGCCGUCUAUGUGCCAACUACCAGAAAAACAUUAAUUUUUGUGAACAACCAGUAUUGGAGCUAUGACCAGGGCAGAAACCAAAUGGACGUUGGAUAUCCACGAUACAUCACUCAGGAUUUCCCUGGCAUCGGCUCCAAAGUAGAUGCGGCCUUUGAGAACUAUGGGUACCUAUAUUUCUCAGAUGGCCCCAGACAGAGUGAGUACUACCUGCCGUACAGGAGAGUGAUGCGUGUACUGCUCAACUACGGCUGGCUCAACUGUUACUGA